AAAGACCCUAAUCACAUUUUUGAAAUUGCGAUAGCUCUUUGUUUCACUCAAUAUGAGCCCCCCUUCCGCGCUUCACCCAAACCACCAGAAGCUCCUCGACCGAGCUCGAGAGUUCAUUGCUGAGAUUGAAGACCAAACUCCUGGUGCAGAGCUCGAAGCUAGACUAAACAGCGAGUUUGGACCUGGAACUCCCUACUACGACGACUUUAGCAGUUUAAUUCGACAAGGCUUGGCCAAUAAUGAGAGCUGGAUCUCGAAAGAAGGAGUCGACGGUGCUAAUUUCCGCCUCUCCGACAUUAGCCCACCCACAGAAGACACUAAAUAUUUCAGCAUUCUAACAGUCUACCUGGAGAACGAUGGAUAUGAACACAUAGCGCAUAUUCACCCGUACGGUGAGCUCAACUGCAUCGUUCAGAUUGACCCUGCUGCGGAGUUCAAGGGGUUUCAAGGUUGGCAGGGCGCGGGCUGGACAUCACCGCCGCCUGGAUCUCACCAUGCCCCCUCAGUGCGCGGAGGUGGCCUGGUGGCUCUUGUCUUCAUACCCGCGGGGCGCCUAGCUUUUAAGGAACUCAAGGAUCCCCGAGACUUCUAGUUUGUCUGAUUGGGAGACAUGCUCAAUACCUAAUCGAUCCUUUGCAAGGAAUCUCCACAAAGAAUAAGCAGCACAGUGGCACUCAGAUGCAGUCAUCAGCACACAUGUAUCGGCUAGGUCUUGGC